GGGAGUAGUGUUACACCCUCAACUCCGGCAAAGCCCGAGAGCCAGGGCGGGGCCUCGGGGUCACGUGCGCCGCCCCCAGCCUGCUCCGGACGGCCUGGGCCUGGGCUGGCUCAUGGCUGCGACCGCGCCCCGCUUGGGCCGGAAGCGGCCCCUGCCCGCCUGUGCCAACCCACUUUUCGUGCGGUGGCUCCGCGAAUGGCGGGACGAGGCGGCGGACCGGGGCCUGCGGACGCGCUUCGUCUACCAGAAGGCCUUGCGCUCCCUGCUGCGGUACCCCCUGCCCCUGAGGAGCGGCAAGGAAGCCAAGAUCCUGCAGCACUUCGGGGAUGCUCUGUGCCGGAUGCUGGACCGGCGGCUGGAGCAGCACCGGGCGUCCGGCCCGGCGGACCUGGGCCUCAGCCAGCCGCCGGACCCGGGGCUCCCACCAGGAGAGUUGAGCAGACCCCCCAAGGAGUCGGGACCAGGCCGGCCCAAGGCUGGUGGCCGCGGCAGCUACAGGCCUCCCCGCCACUCGGCCGCUCGGGCAGUGCUGCUGAUUCUCUACAGGGAGCAGCUGGAUCCUGAAAGCCCAGGGUCCCUGAGCAAGGAGGAGCUGCUGCAGAGGUGUGAGCAGGAAGCCCCCAGGGGGGUCCCGAGUGGCCGCGGCGAGCCAUGGCCGGCCCUGCGCUCUCUCCUUCACAGAAACCUCAUCCAGAGCUCCCAGUGGCCAGCCAGGUACUCGCUGACCCCCGCAGGCCUGGAGCUGUCCCGGGAGCUGGCAGAAGCCGAAGCUCAGGAAGAGCCGCCUGCCAGCCUCCGGCCGAGAUCCACCCAGCCCCCUGGCAGGGAGGCAGAGGACGGGCCCCAAGGAGCGGUGGCUCGGCUAGUCCGGGCUCCAGAGCUGCCCCUCGAGCUGCGGCCAGGGGAGUACAGGAUCCUCUUGUGUGUGGAUGUCAGCGAGACCACAGGGGGCAGCCGUCGACCAGACAUUCUGAGGGAGCUGCAGCGCCUGGGAGUCCCCCAUGAUGUUCGGAAGCUGCACGUUGGGGACUUUGUUUGGGUGGCUCAGGAGACCAGGCCAAGAGAGCUGACCCGGCCUGCUGAGCUGGUCCUGGACCACGUGGUGGAGAGGAAGCGUCUGGAUGACCUGUGUGGCAGCAUCAUCGACGGACGCUUCCGGGAGCAGAAGUUCCGCCUGAAGCGCUGUGGGCUCAGCCGCAGGGUGUACCUGGUGGAGGACCACGGCUCCGCCCACAACCUCAGCCUCCCGGAGAGCACCCUGCUGCAGGCGGUCACCAACACACAGGUGAUCGACGGCUUCUUCGUGAAGCGCACUGCGGACCUCAAGGAGUCGGCCGCCUACCUGGCCCUGCUCACUCGGGCUCUGCAGAAGCUCUACGAGGGUCAGACUCUGCGAUGCCGGCCCUGGGGGGAUGAGGGAGAAGACCCUGGGGCCCAGACGCCCCCCUGCUCCCUCUUCGCCUUCAGCUCCUUCAACGACGCAGCCAUGAAGAACAAGGCUCAGUCGGUGAGGGAGGUGUUUGCCCGGCAGCUGAUGCAGGUUCGGGGCGUGAGCGGGGAGAAGGCCGCCGCCCUGCUGGAGAAGUACCAGACCCCCGCCAGGCUCCUGGCCGCCUAUGACGCCUGCGCCAGCCCCCAGGAGCAGGAGAAGCUGCUGAGCUCUGUCAAGUGCGGGCGCCUGCAGAGGAACCUGGGCCCAGCCCUGAGUCGGACCCUGUGCCAGCUUUAUUGUACCCCUGGACCACUGCCCUGAGCCUGGAGGAGACGCAGCGCGGGGCUGGGGGACUGGGUGGGGACGGGACCACAAACGUUUGCAUUUAAUAAACGUCUCAGACCGCU